AUGGCCCCCGAGACCAAGUCUAAGAAGCGCAAGAGUGGCGGCGCUGUUGCCUCGCCCAGCACCAAGAAACUCAAGAAGGUCGACGCUCCCGCUCCCGAAGAACAGCCCGCGCCCGUCAAAUCAAGCAAGAAGUCCAAGAAGGACGCUCCCAAGCAGGAAGAGGAGGCCCCGGCUCCGAAGUCCAAGUCCUCCCGCAAGCGCGCCUCCGAUUUCUUCGACGCCGCCGAAGCGGAAGAGAAGGCCGCCGAGAAGCCCACUCCCAAGAAGUCCAAAAAGGCAAAGAAGGAGAAGGAUGAGGAACCUGCCGCGAAGCCUGCCUCUGCUGCCAAGGCUGUGAAUGGCAAGAAGCGUAAAGCUGCCGAAGAGCCCGCCCCGGCUGAGGAGUCCGCCGAUGAGGAGCAGCCCGCUGCCGACGGCAGCGAUGAUGAGAGCGAAGAAGAGGAUGACCAGACCAAGGCUCUGCUUAAGGGCUUCGAAAGCGAUGAGGAUGAGGAGGAUGGCGAGGACGAGGGCGAUCUCUCCAACCUCCCGUCUCUGCCCGACUCGAAGAAGCUGGCCAAGAAGUUGAAGAACGUCAAGGACGCCGAAAGCCCUGGCGUGAUAUACAUUGGUCGCAUUCCGCACGGUUUCUACGAGCAUCAGAUGAAGGCCUACUUUUCGCAAUUCGGCGAGAUCAGCCGCCUGCGCCUGGCGCGCAACAAGAAAACCGGCCGCAGCAAGCACUACGCUUUCAUUGAGUUCGCCAAUAACGAUGUCGCCAAAAUCGUCGCCGAGACCAUGGACAAGUACCUCAUGUUCGGUCACAUCUUGCAGGUGCGCCACGUUCCCGCCGAGCAGGUCCACCCCGAACUCUUCAAGGGCUCCAACAAGCGCUUCAAGCCUGCCCCGCGCAACAAGAUGCAGGGUCGCCACUUGCGUUUGGGCAUGGAUCGUGAAGGUUGGGACAAGAGGAUUGAGAGGGAAGAGCGGAGGAGGAAGAACAAAGAGGACAAGCUUAAGGAGAUGGGCUACGAGUUCAAGGCUCCGGCUAUCAAGAGCACUAGCAAGGUUCCUAAGAAGAGCCAGGCCCCUGCCGAGACUGAGGAAGCCCCCAAGACCCUGACGGAGAAGCCCCACAACGAAGAAGAUCAGGAGGUUGUCGAGGCCAUGGAGACCGCCAAGAAGUCCAAGAAGUCAAAGAAGAGGGAAAGCACUGGCGCAGUCGAGGAGGAGAAGGAGAAGGAGCCUGUGAAGGUCAAAGCGACUAAGGAGAAGAAGGCAAGCAAGCCCAAGGCGAAGAAGGCCAAGACUUCUGCGUGA